AUGUCUGAAAAUACGCCUGAGGCUCCAAGUAAACAACUUUUGGAGCGUAUUCAAUCUUCACUGUUCAGUUUAUUCAAUUGUAUUUAUGAGUUAAAAAACCAUAAUGAUAGCAUUGGAAUUCAACACGAGCUUGUCAAGAAGUUAUAUUCCUUCCCGUAUGAAGAUUUGCAAUUUUUCAUUCCUCAGUUUGUCCAAUUGUUAGUUACAUACGAUAGUAACUCCAUGGCACUUGAAGAAUUUAUAAUUACUUCUAGCUGCAGGUACCCUCAUUUCAGUUUAAUUGUAUUUUGGAACUUGCAAGCUUACAUUUUUGAGUUGAAAAAUGAACCUGAAUCUCGAUCAUUUCAAGCUGCUAGAAACUUGGUAACUAAAAUCCAAAACAUUAUGUUUAACACAGAACUACUGGUUGUCAAAGCUCCCGAGUUUAGAGAAAACUUAUUUCCCGCUUUGGUCCUAUGCGGUGCCGUUGCGUCAUCUGCACUUUUACCGUCUUUCAAAAAUUAUUGUUUACCUAUGAUAAAAGCUCAGGGAAAGCAACAAAAGUCUUUAGUAUUCAAAUUGGCAAACUUUCAGAAAUCAUUAACCAAGAAUUUAACUUUGAAGAAUCAAAGAAUGUCAGCCGACAUACCAAAGGAAUCACAUUCUGAUGAUGAAACUGUAGUGUCUUCCCUGAUUAAACCUUCCCUUUCAAGGUCAGCAUCUGUUCCCAGAAGAAGUACCAAGAAAGCAAGUUUGUCUUUUCUGUCCGAUGAAUCAGAAGCAUAUACCACUGACGAUGACGAUAAUAAAACUAGUAUUGAACUAGAGAAAGAAUUUUAUAAGAUGGACUUAAAUGGUUCUUUGAAAGGAGGGUCCACUAAAUUUUUAGAGACCGAAGAAAACUUACAUGUAAACACAGCCAUAAAAUCCAAGAAAAGACUAUCUACGCUUACUUCAAAAGUUAUGGCUCUGCUGUGGGAUAGUAUGGACGGAUAUAAUGUGAAUUCGCAAUCAUUGCCAGAUUUGUCAAAAGCGGACAGUAGGGAUUUAAUCCCUUUUUUAUCGUCAACAGAAUCAGAAACAUCACUUUUAUAUAACAAUAAUGCAAUUGCCAAUGAUUUACAGAAGAAUACUCUCCAACAACCCAAGUUUAUGCCAGGCUUUGAUAAUGAUUAUUUAACGAAAAUUUUGCAAGUAAACUAUGCCAAGAAUGAGACACAAUUUAUUAUGGCAUUGCAGAAUAUUUCAAUCAGACUUUCUCAAGUUCCAAAAGAAGCCAGACUUUCAGCUUUAAGAGCAGAGCUUUCGAUUAUCAAUGACACUUUACUACCAAGUGAAAUUGAUAUUCCUCAACUUUUGCCCGUAACAAGCAACAGAAACAAAAAAUAUCAUAAAAUUCUUAAGUUAAAUGUUAACGAAGCUAGUGUUUUGAAUUCGGCAGAACGAGUACCUUUUUUACUUUUUAUUGAAUAUUUGAGCGAUGAGAUAGAUUUCAAUCCAACAACUGAAUAUAACCAAAGAAUUAUUGCCAGAAAAAAUAUAGUUGGAGCAACAAAUACGAGUGUAAAAAAGAUGAAUUCGUUUUCUGAAGUGCCGGAUGGUAAUUUUUCAAAGGAGAACAAUCUUGAAAGCCAUAUCACUGAGACUGUUACAAGUGCUAUUUGUAACGAGAGUACUGAAGAAGCAGACCUAAGUGAAAUGCCAAUAGCUAGAAGAACCGCUGUCUCAUCGGAUAGUUUUUCUCCAGAAAUGCUAGUUACCCCCACCGUUACGGAACAGCUGAAACUUUCAGGCUUUCCAUCUUUGAAUUCAAAGGAAGUAUCCACAAAGGUUUUAGCCGAUCAGAUGAGAAUUGCAGCAGUUAUGUUACAGCAAUUAGACAGUUCUGGGAAGGCAAAUUCUGAACAAUCAUUUUUGAUCAAGAAUCGUAUUGUCGAAUCCAUGAUUGCAUUACAAGACCAAUUCGACUCCUUUGAUUUUGAAAAAUUAAGUCAAUUGCAAAGCGAUCAACCUAGUGCUGGGGAAAGGAAGUUAGAAAAUGAUUUUAAGUUGGGAGAAGAUUGGAACACCAAAAAGCAAAGGAUCAAAAAGUCUAGUGCUUAUGGUCAUUUGAAAAAUUGGGAUUUAUGCUCAGUGAUAGCAAAAAAUGGAGACGAUUUGCCACAAGAAGCUUUUGCUUGUCAAUUGAUUUCCAUGAUAUCUAAUAUUUGGAAGAAAAAUCAGGUACCUGUUUGGACUAAAAGAAUGAAAAUUUUAAUAACUAGUGCCAACACGGGUUUAGUUGAAACUAUCACUAAUGCAAUGUCCAUUCAUUCUAUCAAGAAGUCUUUUACUGAACAUUCAAUUAAAAGUGGUGAAAAUGAUAAAGGAAAAAUAUUUACACUACUUGAUUAUUUUCAUAGUGUAUUUGGGCUGGAAAACUCAGUAAGUUUUAGAACGGCCCAGCAAAACUUUGCCAAAAGCUUAGCUGCCUAUUCCAUAAUCUGUUACGUGCUACAGAUAAAGGAUAGACACAACGGUAAUAUAAUGGUUGAUAGAGAUGGUCAUAUUAUUCAUAUUGAUUUUGGAUUUUUACUUUCAAAUUCUCCAGGAAGUGUAGGAUUUGAAGCUGCCCCAUUUAAACUCACAGUUGAAUAUGUGGAACUACUUGGUGGUGUUGAUAGUGAAAUAUAUUCUCAGUUUGUUCAUUUAUGUAAACAAUGCUUCAAAUCGUUAAGAGAUAAUAGUGAAGAGAUAAUUGAAAUUGUUGAACUUAUGCAAAGAGAUUCAACUUUACCUUGUUUUAAUAAUGGAGAAAACACAAGUGUUUUAUUAAGACAAAGGUUACAGUUACAACUCAAUGAUGAAGACACUGACCAGUUCGUGGAAAACUUUUUGAUUGGAAAAAGUCUUGGGAGUAUGUACACUAGAUUGUAUGAUCAAUUCCAGAUGAUAACACAGGGUAUUUAUAGUUAA